GGCGGGUGGCGCGCACGUUUGCCAAAGGGCCAGUAUGCCUCCGACUGGCGUGCCCGUUGGAUCUGCUCAUUCCUGUAAAUCUGAUUGAACAGCACCUGACAUAUCUCGAGUGAAGAAGAAAUUUGUGAAUAGAUUGUGCGUUAUUUAUGGUAUUUAGGAGUUGAAUAUUGUAAUCUGAUUUUUACGACGGUCCGAUCCCUAGUGGGGUGGUUGGGGGAGGUUUCAUGAUGUUAUUAGGUUAUGAUGUUUUGCAACUUUGAAAAAAUGACUGGAGCACUGAAUAGGUGAUUCGGAGGUUCAGUGAUGGAGAGAUAGUUCCGAUGCAUUCUCCCGAAUUUCCGGACAAAUUCUGUGAGUCAAAAGCCCACGUCCUGUGAAACCCAUCCACGAAAAAAAAAAUUAAAAAACCAUUGGAGUCGCCUGUGAAUCCAAAUUGAGUCAUCAAUGCGGGGCAAAUAACGAAAAAAAAAUCUGAAUAAUCCCGAAAGGCCGGAAAAUGGAAAAACGUGGAUCGACGAGUGCUGAAAAAAUCGAAUCGAUAUCGUAGUGAGCCCGAGCUACGGACCCGGUGAUUUCCGAGAUCGAUUGGACCUCGCUGUGGAGAGAAAUCGUUCAAGCAAAUAGUGUUUAUAUGUGUGUAAGUUAGUGGAUGAUAGAGUGGGCAAAAUGUGCUGCUCGGGAGGCACAAGCGGUUCGAGGAUGACUCGGUGCGGGGUCGUUUGUGGUCUGGCAGCGUUGGCAGCCCUCACCACUGCCCUUCUUGGACCAGCUUGGCUGCAUACUGAGGAAAAACUAUCACUUCCACAUCUGCCACGACAGCUCGCCGUUACUGUCAGAUUCAAGCUCGGGUUGUUUAAAGUGUGCCCCAAGAUCGUCAAACCGCCGAAUGUCACUAUACACGUCUCAACGCCGUCAUGCACGCGAGUGAGAUACAACAGUCUUGCCGAGGUGACGUCGAAGGAGUUGGGUAUCAGUCAGCCGAGCUUUAGCGAGCUGGAUUUUACACCCCUGGUUGUCUCUAAAAUGAGGAUAUCAGCACCAUUUCAAGUAGCGGCAGUAAUUCUCAUCCUCGCCGGCACAUUCUGCGCCCUCAUCGGCCACUGCUACGCCGAUCACAAAACAGUAAUCGCCUGCGGGCUGUUUCUCCUCGGUGGACUCUCAAUGGGCUGUGGUCUGAUUGUCCUCGCGUCAGCAUUGUCAGAUGCCUCCUACGAGUCACCGAAGAGAUACAGCCUCUCCUCAACAUCGAGUAAUUCCGAGGACAGUGGACUGCCGCAGUAUCACUAUGGAUGGUGCUUACAACUUUCUGGACUUGCCCUUAUCCUCGCGGAAAUCGCAGCCCUCCUGACAGUCUCCGGGUACAUGGCACGAUUUCCAACGGUCGAGGACAUGGUGCGAGUUAUGGUGCCCGGAGCGGCUCGAAAAUUGAAUGAACAGCGGGGAUUAUCCUCCGAGUAUCUCGUUAGAGCUCAUCAGAAGUCUCCCGGCGCGUCUCAAGCAAGAACGUUUGAUGAACCAACCAAAGAUGUAAUUCUGGGACCACAGAGACUGACUGAAGAGGGUACAUCAUUGCUUUGCAAAUCAGCACCCGAUAUAUGUGCAUCCAACCCCCAAGCCAUCAGUUACGUGGAGAAGGCAGAUCUCUCUCACAUGUUGCCAGCUUAUCCCGAUGCCCAGGUAGUUGAUCCACGCUUCACAUUCGUCGAUAAGGUAGAGCCUGGAGUAGUGGAUUCCCGGCUUAGUGGUUUCGUCGACAAAGAAGGGCUCAUAGAUUCUCGAAUUUUGUCUGACUCGAGGCAGAACAUGAUCGCCUUUACCGACAGUAAGGAACACUCACUCGGACAAGAGCCGAGGUACGUCGAAUUUUGCACCGGUGUUAGGGUGGAAAAAUGUCCCAACGAUCUCAUGAAUCAUUCACCCAAUAUCACGGCUAUAUCCGAUGCUAGACACGUGACAUAUGCUGAUACCAAUCCCAAUGCUGAAACCCUCAUGGACAGUCCGAUGAGUUACAAUCGAUACAACACUUUAGCUGGACAGACUGUGCCUAUCAUGCUGAAGCAUCACAACAGCCCUUCGGUAUCGGCAAUUCAGGCACAGGGGAUGUACCAAAAUUUUGGGACUAUUCAUGCUAGCAAUGUUCACCCGGGUCCCAUGCACUCGGGAACAAUUCACUCAGGGAUUCUGAGGGUCUCGGAACCUGGCACGAGUUCCAGCUCCAAUUCCAGCCAGCGGAGCAUGACCCUUCAGAACCCCAAGAGGAAAUCUCAAAUUGCCCAAAAUACCUUUAGCACACUCGAGUGCGAAAAAAGGAAGCCACGUAAUCCGGGUCUUCCGGGCAAAAGUGGGUUCUACACUGGCAGCGCUGUAUGACCACCACCACCGCCUCCAACCCCGAGAUAACUUGAUGAGAACGAGUCUGAACUCUAAUCCAGUUUCAGUCCCGGUGAAUGGUUUAUCAGAGGGAGCGAAUUUGGGGGCUGAAUGUGGUGGGUCUCGUGGAUGGCGGGUGGUUUCUAUCGUGUAAAAUUUAUUCAGUGAAAGGACACUGAAGCAAUACCAGUUGCAAAGACUUUAUGAUGAUAAUAAGUACUUUUAUGAUGAAGCAUGUGAUAAAUUAAGUGUAAUGAGUGAUAUGAGUUCGGUGUACAUAAGUAAUGGUGUACAAUUCACCGCGGAAAGUAACUGUAAACUCACUUGGUAAUUACACUUUUGUAUUGAUGAAGAAUUAAUAAUGGAGUUUGAGGUGAAUUGCGGUUGUUGAAUGAAUGAUGAGAGGUGUCUGAUGUAGUGAAUGCUAACUAUUAACAUUGCGAUGAAAAUGUUGAAACAAUCACUGUCAAGCCAAUGGAUGAUUCCAUUUCAUUUACUUAGCAACACGUCAUGGGAUUCUCUCCAAGCAGAAAGAGACAAUUGCAUCUGCAUUUAAUCAUUCGAAUGUCUCAAUGAGGUUGCAUUCCAAUCAUGCAUUCACAAACAAAGAAAUGUAUGUGAUUGAUACCCCACGAAAUAAUAGGCCAAUAUGAGAAGCUGAACCAGCAGAACCAGAUAAUUCAUUGGUGAUGGGGGGUGAGAGCGACCGAAUUGGUAUUAUUAACGUUAAGUAAAGAUUAUUCGUUGUGAAAGCGAUGAACAGGGUGGGUAACUGAGAUGUUCAAUUACUCUGACGGGAGAGACAAUACUCAAUGAAAAUUCAAGAAUCGAUCAAUACAAAUUCAUGAUUCAAAUCCCGGAACAUAUCAAAAAGGAGCGAUAAAAAUAAUGGGAGCACUGUGAAAAAUAUUUUACGGCUAACAUUUAUGGGACAGGUUGAAUGAUGCUCUUUCCAAUUUUUCGCGUUUGCUGUCAUGUAUACACUCCCCAUAAACAUGCGUAACGAGUGAUGUAUGACAGAAUUUUGUUACUAUGGAGACGUUGGUCGAUUGCUGAGGGUAAAACAAGGUAUUCGGAAUCGAUGGUUAUCUGAGAAUGGGUGAUGUGUGUGUAAGUUUAUCGGCUAUUCGUAUUAUGUAAUGUAAUUAUAUCGUAGUUGAAUGUAAUAAAUGGAUAUUCUUAAUCAUCACACGUUCUCACGUGAUUGGCUGUACUGGAAUAAUAAUAUAAUUUUAAAUUGCUUGUUUGGGUUGUUUAUUGUAUAUGGUUAAGAAGUCAAUAUGAUUUUUGUUCUCAAUUUGUAUCUGUUAGAAUGUUCACACUGUUAACAAAUUAAAUAAAUACUCUCUACCAUUUUUAUUAUCAUGUUCAAU